GCAAGUUUACUGAUGGGUACAACCAACAUGUCGUGCAGUGCAACUGAUCUCAAGCCCCAUUCAACAAUUAACAGUGAGGAAAUGCAGCUCAGUUUUGGUGUGGAUCAGUUUCCUUUCAUGAGAAAAUGAAACUGUUUGGUGAAAUGGCGCAGCGAGGAGUUCAGCUGGACCAGGACAAACUCUGCUGUUCAAUCUGUCUGGAUUUACUGAAGGAUCCAGUGAGUAUUCCCUGUGGACACAGCUACUGUAUGAACUGCAUUAAAAGUCACUGGGAUGAAGAGGAUCAGAGAGUCCACAGCUGUCCUCAGUGCAGACAGACGUUCAGACCGAGGCCUGUCCUGGUGAAAAACACCAUGUUGGCAGAUUUAGUGGAGGAACUGAAGAAGACUGGACUCCAAGCUGCUCCAGCUGAUCACUGCUACGCCGGACCUGGAGAUGUGGCCUGUGAUUUCUGCACUGGGAGAAAACUGAAAGCUCUGAAGUCCUGUCUGCAGUGUCUGGUCUCUUACUGUGAGCAGCACCUCCAGCCUCACUAUGAAUCUCCUGCCUUUAAAAAACACAAACUGGUCAAACCCUCCAGGAGGGUUCAGGAGAACGUCUGCAGUUGUCAUGAUGAGGUGAUGAAGAUUUUCUGUCGCACUGAUCAACAGUGUAUCUGUUAUCUCUGCUCCAUGGAUGAACAUAGAGGCCACAACACAGUCUCUGCUGCAGCAGAAAUGACUCAGAAGCAGAGAGAGCUCGAGGCGAGUCGAGAGAAAAUAAAACAGAGAAUUCAGAAAAAAGAGAAAGAUGUGAAGGAGCUUCAGCAGGAGGUGAAAGCUAUGAAUCGCUCUGCUGAUAAAGCUGUGGAGGACAGUGAGAAGAUCUUUACUGAGCUGAUUCAACUCAUUGAGAAAGGAAGCUCUGAUGUGAAGCAGCAGAUCAGAUCCCAUCAGAAAAGUGAAGAGAAACGAGUCAAAGAGCUUCAGGAGAAGCUGCAGCAGGAGAUCACUGAGCUGAGGAGGAAAGACACCGAGCUGGAGAAACUCUCACACACAGAGGAUCACAUCCAGUUUCUACAGAAUUACAUCUCACUGUCAAAUCUCACUGAUUCUUCAGAGUCACCCAGCCUCAAUAAGCAACCUCUGAUGAUGCCCACCUUUGAAGACAUGAUGGCUGCUGCGUCAGAGGUCAGAUAUGAACUACAGGACAGUUAUGUGCACAUGAAAGCUCAAAGCCCUUUACUACAGACUACAGACUUAUUCAGCUUCAACAUCCGACCUGUUGGGCGGUUUGAGGAUGUGACAGUAGCUGUGUCCCAGGUCAAAGUUAAAGUACAGGUCAUUAUUAAUGAGCUAUUGACUGGCAUGAAUGUUUUAUUGCCACAGCCAGUGUCCAAAGCUGAAUUCUUCCAAUAUUCACAACAUCUCACGUUACAAACAGGAAACAGAGGGCUGUUAUUAUCUAAAGGGAACAGAAAGGUAGAGGUGAAACAAUCACCAGUUCACAGACAGAAUAUCUUCAGGCAGUACGCGUCUACAGGUUCAGGUCUCUUCUGCAGUUUUCAGGCGUGGAGUAGAGAGAGUUUGACUGGACGUAGUUACUGGGAGGUGGUUUGGAGGGGGAGCACAGUUUCAGUAGCAGUCACAUACAAGCAAGGAGCAGGAUAUGGAGGUGAAUUUGGGAGCAACAACGAGUCUUGGGCAUUAUAUUGUUCUAAUAAUCAUUAUGAAUUCAGACAUAACAACAUCAGCACCUCCAUCUCAGAUCCACAAUCCUCCAGAGUAGGAGUGCACCUGGAUCACAGAGCAGGUAUUCUGUCCUUCUACAGCGUCUCUGAAACCUUGACUCUCCUCCACAGAGUCCAGACCACAUUCACUCAGCCUCUCUAUGCUGGACUUGGGGUUGAUCAUGGAUCUUCAGCUGAGCUCGUAUAGACAGGAAUCAUUAGAUGGAUGGGUGUGUUUUUGUAGCUUCCAACUGACGACCUGAUAAACUGUGUAGGAACACUGUGUUGUAUCUUUGCUUUGCUCUUCAUGUAGCUUACUCUACUUCUUUUUUUUUUUUUUUGAGACAAUUGCUGUAACUGUAACCUUUAUUAAAACUUCAAAAUCAUAGUAAUCAAGUUAAUAUCAAGUAAUUUCACACGGAGCAUGCUCUAGACUCAUAACUACACUUAAACCCCAGGUCUGAGCGGUAAUUUUUGCUUCUGUUAAAACACUGUUUAAAGUAUGAACCAGUACACGCUAUAUGUAUAUUGCAGAUGUCACCAGUCUCAUAUCAGGAUUUAACGAUUGUAUAUGAACAAAAUUAUUCAAUAAAGUUGUUUUUUUUUCCUCCAAGAA